UCAGUUCAACAGACCUAAGCUAGUUUUCUUCGAAAGCCAUACUAGUAUGAGCAUCAAGAACAGAACUUCCUCUGUCAUCCAAUUCUGGCAGCGCGCACAUUAUGACCCCUCAAAGCCAUUGCUCGACCGUUCGAUGGAACUUGGCUUAAUGACCGAUUUCAAUGUCUGCGCGCAAUGCCUCAUCGGCUGCUGCGUCGGGGUCAGCAAGGGGGCCAACAAAUUGGCCCUUCCAUCUCCGCCAGUCCAGCAAGUCGAGCCAUGACCACGCCCUCGAGCAUCAUCCCUACUCGAAUUCGCCCGCCGGUACUGCAUCGAGCAACUCCACCAUUCGCGAUGGCGCCUCGUCCCGCCUGCUCGCCGAGCGAAGAUGGACCGUCACCGUCAACGAGUCGUUUGCCCGUGACGAGGUGCUUCUCAACCUCGACCUGAUCGGCCGCGACAUCAAACCGGGCAGCCUCGUGGCUAUCGACGUCUUGAAGGCCGACUCGGAAAAAGCGACGCACAAUUCGCACCAUAAGCAGGACCGCAAGGAUGGAUGUUCCGCAGCCUGCCCCGAACGCCGCUACAUCUGCGUCGCCAAGGGCAUGCCCAAGGAACUGAGGACGCGUUACUCCUCCGUCGAGGUGUACGUCGCAAAGCACAUUGCUGACGCAUUUGGCAUGAAAAAAGGCACCCAAGUCACUCUGACUCCGAUUGACGCCAGUAACCCGGCCGUAGAGGCGUCCCAUGUCGAGCUUUGCUUCAAAGACCAGUACCUCUCGAGAGCUGACAUGUGGCGCAUGGCCGUCGGAGAGCUGGCCGAGAGGACCGUCUACAAGGGUCAGAUGGUCUUGUUCCUAGGCACCGUCAAGGCCCAGGUGACCACCGUUUAUGUCGACGGCCGCAAGGUGCAGUCCGCUUUCUUUGGCCGCGACACCAAGCCCAUCUUCCGCAGCGAGUCUGCUCGCUACGUGCUCUUCAUCCAAAUGGCCCGUGAGAUGUGGGACUUUGACCCUGAUGGCUCCGGCGAGAUCACAUUCAACAAGGUUGUCAACGGCUUCCUCCCCGCCCUGUUCAAGAAGUGGGCCGCCUUGAAGGUGAAGCACCUUGUGACCAUCGUCUUAUUCGCUCGCGUCGAGUAUGACACCGGCAUUUCCACCGAGUUGGCAUGCGCUCCGGUCCACCAUGACUACUACAGUGGCGUUCAGACCUCAGAAGACCGCCGUCCCUACAAGGACUUCUACCGCGUCGUUGUCAGCGAGAUGGGCAGCGGAGAAUGGACCAAGAUACUGCACCAGCUCAAGCGCGAGUUUAACUAUUUCCGCAAAGACAUUAGCACAUAUCACCAGCAAGCCAUGGCAUCGUCCGCCGCUUCCGAUGAUGCUGGCGAUCAAGAGGUGCUGCUGAACAGGAUAAAGGCUGAGCCCUCGCGAGCCAUUCACGGAAACGUUCUUGAAGCCAUCAACAUGGCCUCGUCCUUGUACGCUCAUGAUUACAUCGAUCGGGAUUUGACUAGGACUGGCGUCUCUGUCGCAAUCAUCAGUCCCAGCGCUGGCGUGUUUGAAGUCGAGUACGACGCCCUGCGCCGCACGACCGAGGCGCUUGUGGGCAACGGCAUCGGCAUUGACCUGAUCUGCAUUCCAAAGGUGCCACUUCAUUCUGUGCCACUUUUUCGGUACCGCAACCCGCAUCCAUCCGGUCCUGCGCGGCGCAAAAACAAGGUAGACUUCAGCCAGGGGAGCACACCAAAGCAGCACGCUCUGCAGAUUGGGAGCUACAGCAGCCUUGCAGGUUCUUACUCGCCGAGCAAAAGGACCGACAACAGCCGUCAUGCCGAUGCUUCCGGCCCUGGCCCCUCCCAGGAUCAGUGGGUGUCCGCUAUACCGCAGUGGCUUCAUAUCUCGUACUGGACCGGUGCCUCAGAAGAAGAAUUGUCUUAUCAAGGGAUUGCAUUAUCUGUUUCAGAUGUCGCACAACCCCUGUCUGGCGACGAGUUCCCCAUCCGUUGCCGCAUGUAUGACCUGCAGAUGCGGAGCGUCAUGGAGACGAACGAGAUCGAGACCAAGCCACUACAUAUGGACCCUUGCUUUCCCACCAAGGCAGCCCUCGCAAGCCAUAUUUCCAAACCACACUUUGACCUCGACGGCAAUGUCCUUGUUCGAAAUGUGCGGGUGCCAGAGACCCUGUUUGACCACGUCUUUGGCUUUCAGAAGUUUGCUCCGGACAGACACAAUAAACUUGGAGAGCGAUCCCUGUGGAAGCAGUUGCAAGAGUACGACGACUGCAAGGCGCGUCUGCCCUCCCGUCGGAGUGCCAGUUAUCCGAGGCAUGGCCGUGAACAUGAUGAGACCCCUAGGCGGCAGAUCUUGGAAGAUACUAACCUUCUCGGGACAUCAUUUUCAGAGCGGAGGCCCUCAACAGCCAUCCAACAACCCCUAGCGGACUUUCCUCCGAUUCAUCGACCAAACUCGGAGAGAAUCGAGGUUCCGUCAGGCCCUCGCAGGAGUACAAGCUUCGAGCCCAGGAAGCCGGAAGCCAAGACGUCGUCGUCGAUCAUGAAAACGCCCAAGCUCAUGCGCCACAUUAGCCUGGGUAAUCGGGGCUUCGGUAUUGCAGCUCCAAAGGCGGCUACUGCUGAGGUGAGCAUGGAAAGUGUGGGCGCUUCUAAGACUGUGACGCCGUCCCGCAGUUCACAAGACCUGCGUGCGACACCGGCGAAGAGAGCUCAGCGACCAUCUUCGUCUCAUAGGUUGGCGUCAGGAACUCCCACUCCAACCCUCUCGCAACCAGUUGCAUCCCCGUUUUCAUUCGCACCAGGGCCGCAGUUUCCUCCCGAAACGCCGACCCGGCCCAUUGUCAUAAGGAACAAUCACCUAGCAAGCGAGUCUGCCGCCAGCAUGCUGUCUGGCUCGACCCUCGCAGCCACGCUCCGCCCAGAGCCUGUUGGGCAGGACCGUGACUUUCGGUAUUCGAACGCCAUCCGAGCAGAGGACGAGAAGAAGCUUUACAACUCCAAGCUGCUCGCGGGAGCCAUACCGGAACUGCCGUCUACUUUGUCACCGAAGACGGCUCUCUCGCCAUGGUUGACUUUGCUCAACCCUUCGAACCCGGACCCCAAUGAUGUUGACAUGGCCAUGCUGUACAGCCGUUGGCAACACGUUUUUCCUAGGCCCCAGGAAAUGAGGGUUAUGAAGUGGAAGAGCCUGUGUUCGCCGGCCGCCGUGCCGUUGACGUCCGAGUACUUCCCGUCCAAAGCGCAGUUUGAAGCCGAGUACGAGCGCCAGCCUUACAAUGUGUCUCAGAAUCUUGACGAGGAGCUGUUGGAGGAACCGAGGUCCCGCGACGAAUUGCUGCGGGAGCUGGUUAGUCUACGGUUCUCACAGGGGUUCCAGAUUGUCGUUGGCCCGGCUGUCGCAAAGGCUCUCGGCCAGAAACAGGUCAAAGUUGCCGACAUUUUCUCGAGAGACCACUUAAUGGAGGACGGGACGAGUAUAUUCAUGUCGGUCGGCAACACGAUACACCAGCUUUCAUGCGUCAACGGUAGCGAGGUGGAAGUUAAUAUCUUCGUUCGAAAGCCGACGGACUCGAUGCCAGAAUCCUUCAGCGAGCCGACAUUGUACAAGCCGGCGAUCCGGACGCUGCUGGAUGUCGGGUACAGGACGAGCGAGUUUGAUCCCGUCCCGCGGAAAGAUGAGAGGAACUGGAAUUACAUUGAUGCAUAUGUCGCAGGACACAACGACGAGCUGACAGAGCAUCUCCGGUUCUGGCGUGCCAGGUUUGUCUUGAUUCCCAUGACGGGCCGGCGCUCCUCUGUUCCGGGGACUGAGAACGGUGACAAUGAAGAAGAGAUUCGCAUCGAGGGCAUCAGGAAACUAGCCCAAGCGUGGCAGAGACAUCGCUAUAUUCCUCCGAACGAAGGGCGGCUGCAGGGCUCAGGACCUCGCAGGAAGAAAGACGUGAACCCGCUAGACAUCGUCUACAAAACGGAGGACGCCUCGGUGGUCAUUGCCGCCGAGCUCGAGACCCUGCCUCUCUUGGAGGGAGUCGACCGCAGAGGACAGCUCGUGAGGAGCCGGGAGCCGUUCUCCAAAAAAAACAUCAAUCUGGCGGCGCUCGCCGAAGCUAUCCAGCAGCCGGUGGAGAGUGGAGGCGUGCGAAUGCAGAACCGCCGAUGGCACUUCCGGCUGCAUUACAACUGCUUCAUCGGCUCGGAUAUGACGAGCUGGCUGCUGGACAAUUUUGAUGACCUGGAAGACCGCGAAGAGGCCGAGGCUCUGGGCAACCGGCUCAUGUGUCCCGACGAGAAGGACAAAGAUGGGAAGCGGGACGGCUUGUUUGUCCAUGUCGAGAAACGACACCCGUUCCGAGACGGACAGUACUUUUACCAGAUUAGCAGCGAGUAUGCGAAGCCGCACCCACCCGGCUGGUUUAACAGCAAACGCGGUCAGGGGUCGGUGCCUUCAACGCCGAUGGGGGAGCAGGCUCCGCGAGAGGGACGUUCAACCUUUCCCCGGCCAAUGUCGAUCAACGAAGAGAGCUCGUCAACGUCGGGCUCGACAACGCCAACGGCGCCACAUGCACCAACCGGAGGGAAGAAGCCGAAAGUGAUGCUCAGCAGGGUCAUCAAGUACGAUGUGGACCACAGGAGGCGGUCGUAUCGCCCUGAGAUCGUGGAACUGCAUUACGACAGGCUGCAUAAUCCAGACAACUGUUAUCACAUCCGCGUCGACUGGAUGAACGUGACGGCGAAGCUAGUGGAAGACGCCAUCGAGAACUGGGGGCGCGAGGCAGCUCAAUACGGGCUUCGGCUUGUCGAGGUGCCUAUUGCCGAGGCGUGCGCCAUCAGCGAAAUCAACCCAUUUCGGCGGCCGUACGUGAUCAAGCUGGCCGCCCCGCCUCCAGAUCAGUCACCUCUCACCUACUACGACCCAACCUCAUUCGCGCCACAGGCACAGCCGGGGCGUCAUUUCUACCAGAAGGCGAUCCUCCGCAAAUUCGACUUUGUCCUUGACAUGGAGGCCGCGUCCAACUUUCCCGGUAAUGUGGACGUGUCUUACUCGUGGGGCAAGCCCGAUUUCAAGUACAUGCAGUACAUUCACCGGUCAGGCUCGAUCCUCGCCGAAAUCACCGAUGACGGCGACCUUCUAAUCCUGGCCAACCGCCAGUACAGCAGCCGUGCUGCGGCGGCACGGGAGCGGGAAAUGCAAAAGGAAAACCGCGGCGAGCAGCAGCAGCAGCAGGGACCACCGCCACCACUAGCUGGCAGCACGUUGUCGGGCGGCGGCACCGUCCAUGUCGUCACGCCAGGCUCCUACAACGCGGCCUACGGCGUCCGCGGCUCAACACCCGUCUCAUCCCCGGCUUUAAAACCAACCACCGCAACCUCAUCCCUGCUCUCCCCGGUCGUCCGCCCCGCCGCCGUGUCGGCGCCAAAUAGCAGCACCUCGAACAUGCCAGGCCAAGGCCAACAAUUACUCAAACCAGGCCCGCCCUCAACAGCACCAGGUGCUGCUGCUUCUAGCGGGGCUGGGGGAGGAACGGCAGCGUGGUCGACGUGGACGGCGCAGGAGCCCGAGUGGAUCAAGGACGAGUUAGAGGCGUUCUGUCGGGACGCGCACGCGCUCGAGGCGUUCUACAGGGAGCUCAAGACGGCUGCGCCGGCGACAACGAGCGCCGGCGGGGCGGCCAUGACGCCUGCCUUUUCUGCUGCUACUUCUGCUGCUGGUGAAGCCGUUGCGCUGCCAGAGGCGAAUAUUCCCGUUCUAGGCUUGCCGCCUAAUGUGCUGGCUGCUUCGGCUGCUGCUCCGGCUACGUCGGCGGCGGCCGGGACCGGGGAGAUGGGAACGUCAGUGGUCGGGCAUGGGGUUAAUCCCAGGGCGGCGAGUCCCAGCCCCGCCUUCAUGUCGGCGAGUCAGUUGUUGAGGAGGGGGAGCGUGCAGUAUGAGGGGAUAUGGGGAGGUUUGAGGGGUGGGGCACAGGAGAAGGAAAAGGAUAAGAAGGAGACGGCUUGGGUGGGCGCCGAUGUCAAGGCUGAUGGAAAUCGAUAG